UACGACAAUACGAAUCACGAUGCCUUCUGAUCUUUCAACCGAUGAUCGACGAUGAAUCAAGCUUCGUCAAUGUUAAACGACGUUCCCGGCGAUGGUAAAGAAGAAAUAGAUGAUCAUUUUUUUGCCACCACUUUGUGCCUGUAACAAAGAAUGAAACUCGGACAUACGAUCGAGGAUUCAAGAAAAAAGUAUCCCGAACUUACGGAAGAACUUUUGGGAAAGUUGAAAGAAUGGAUUCAACAACGCAAUCUUCCUAAUGUUCCACAAGAACAAUUGGCAAUCUUUGCACAGAGUUGCUAUUUUCAAACGGAUGCUACAUUACGAUGCAUGGAAACUUAUUACAGAAUAAGAACAAACAGUCCGGAGUUCUUUAACAAUCGUGAUAUUAAAUUAGAGAACUUGCAAUUUUCCUUGAAAGUACUAGAAUUUGUAAAGCUACCUGUACCGGAUCCCAAUGGAUAUAGUAUCAUUUUUCAUCGAUUAGCAGAUACUAGAGCAAGUAAAUAUUUCUUGAACGAUGCUAUGAAAUUAAUGAUGAUGACUGUGGAUGGGAAUCUUUACAACGAUGGCUGUUCUCCCGGUUAUGUUUUUCUUCUCGACAUGGCCGGUGUAAAUAUAGCCCAUUUAACUAGAAUUUCCAUCGGCAGUAUUCGAAAAUUUAUUGAAUACGUACAAGAAGGAAUGCCGGUUAGAUUGAAAGCGAUUCACAUCAUAAACGUAGUCGGUUUCAUGGAUAAAAUUCUCUCGAUCGUAAAGCCAUUUAUGAAUAAAGAAAUUCUUGAAUUGUUACACUUACAUACUGGCGAAGUAUCGGAAAUUUACAAACAUAUACCUCCCAAGUGUCUCCCAAAAGAUUAUGGAGGAGAAUUAGACUGCAUUGAAGCACUUCAUGAAGAACAUACACGUAAACUGGAACAAUUAAGAGACUAUUUCCUUGAGGAAGAGACUAUUCGUCAAAACUAUAAUACCUCGAAAACGAAAGAGCAAUAAAUAAUAAUGUUAUAACGGGUUAAUAAUAAUAAAGAAAUUUGAAAAAAAAGAAAAAAGAAAGAAUAUCACGCAAAAAGUUUUAUCAUCAGAUGAAGACAAUUGUUUGUGAGAUUAGUACGAUAUAAAGAGGGUAAAAGAUAAAUAUACACAAUUAUAUAUA